UCUCUCCUUAGCAUCCACGAUAUUCAAAGCCAUGAUUCAUGUGCCUCCAGUUGUGAAAUUUCUGAUUGCAACACUCUCUGAGAUGUUUAGAACUGUGCAUGUUUCACUGAUAGACACCUCUGGAAGAAAGGAGCUGGGUCAGUCCGAAGCUCUCUCAGAACUUGAAGGCAGACCUUCAGAGAAGUGAGAUCUGGCAGACUCCAAAUGUGGCAGCUGUUAGCAGCAACAUGCUGGAUGCUUCUUCUUGGACCUGUAUAUGGUUAUAAGAAAAGAAGUAUCACAAAUCCUGAAGCUACUAUGAAUAUUAGUCAAAUUAUUUCUUACUGGGGUUAUCCUCAUGAAAAGUAUGAAGUUGUGACCAAGGAUGGUUAUAUCCUUGGAAUUUAUAGAAUUACUCACGGAAGAGGAUGCCUGAGAAAAACAGCUUCCAGGCCUGUUGUGUAUCUGCAACAUGGCUUACUUGCAUCUGCCAGUAACUGGAUUUGCAACCUGCCCAACAACAGCUUGGCUUUCCUUCUGGCAGAUCACGGUUAUGAUGUAUGGUUGGGAAAUAGCAGGGGAAAUACCUGGUCCAGGAAACACGUAACACUCUCACCCAAAUCAUCUGACUAUUGGGCCUUCAGUUUGGAUGAGAUGGCAAAAUAUGACCUUCCAGCUACAAUCAAUUUAAUCAUAGAAAAAACUGGACAGGAGCAGCUCUACUAUGUGGGCCACUCUCAAGGCACUACCAUAGCUUUCAUAGCAUUUUCAACAAACCCAGAACUGGCUAAAAGAAUUAAGAUAUUUUUUGCAUUGGCUCCAGUUGUCACAGUAAAACACACUCGAAGUCCUAUGAAAAAACUCACAGCCCUUUCUAGGAAAACCAUCAAGGCACUGUUUGGUGACAAAAGCUUCUCUUCUCACUCAUUUUUUGAACAAUUUAUUGCUACCAAAGUGUGCAACCAGAAGAUAUUCCAUCUUGUGUGCAGCAACUUCCUGUUUACCCUAACUGGAUCUGAUCCAAAAAAUUUAAACGUGAGCCGCCUGGACGUUUACCUGUCACAAAGCUCCGAGGGGACAUCUGUUCAGAACAUGCUGCACUGGGCCCAGGCUGUUAAUUCCGGUCAGCUCCAAGCUUAUGACUGGGGAAGCCCUGACAAGAAUAUGAUGCAUUUCCAUCAGUCUACGCCUCCAUUUUACAACAUUACUAAGAUGGAAGUUCCCAUGGCAAUCUGGAGUGGUGGACAGGAUGUCGUGGCUGAUAUUAAGGACACUGAAGAGUUACUUCCUAAAGUUGCAAACCUUAUUUAUUACAGGAAUAUUCCACACUACAAUCACAUGGAUUUUUGGCUUGGAAAGGAUGCACCACGAGAAAUUUAUCAAGACCUCAUUAGAAUGAUAGAGGAGCAUUUAAAAAAUUAAAUAUACCUUCUUUC